AAUGUAUUGGAACGUAGAAGCGCUGAGUGGAGCCACAGCUCCAACAGUGCUGUUCGGCUUUAUCGCGCGAACAACAACAAACCUGAUAAGCGAGAAUAAAGCGGCUGAAGAUCCCGCCCAUCAGCGAAACAGUAUUAAACGUUGAAGCGGUCUAUCAAUUGGACUGGAAUGGGACGUGAGGGACGAAAAUUGAAAUGUAUACUUACUUAUUUACUCGAGUUCCUCCAAACAAGCGACUGCUAGUUGACGCUUUUUCGUGUCCGAAGGCAAAUUAGCAAAACCACCGCUAGUAUCAAGUUUAAAUUGAUCUCCUGCAGAAUCAAAAAUUGUGAACUAAAAUACCGAUCGUUAAGUGAUCAUAUGUUGGUUCAAGUGGUCGAAGUGAGAAACGCAAAUAACCCGUAAUUAUAUGCGGUCACUAUAAAGAUCGUUCAACGAAUCAAUUAUUUGUGCGAUCUUCGGUGUCGAUUUAGGUGACCUGCAGAACACGUUGCUGAAAAAGUUGCAUUCGCGAUGCAGUUUCUAGCAGAUUGGCGGCUUGCGACGCUAUCAAUGAUACUGUCAAGCUUUUUGAGCGAUAUAGUCACAGCUCGAAAUCUGAAGUCAUGUACCAUGUACAACGAAUUUUGUGUUCCAGUUCAGAACUGCACUCUGUACAAACAAUACACAAGCACACCUUAUCGUAACUGGCCAGAGGAGCUGAGGAAGAAAGCAACCAAUAGUUUGUGCAACGAUGAAGUAAUCAACAGUGCUAAGGUGCUGAGCGUUUGCUGUCCGACAUCAAUGAAUCCGAAGGAAUGUGGCUUGCAGUCUGUAAAUCGGAUAUCUAAAGGUAGUAUCGCAAUGCUAUACGAGUAUCCGUGGAUGGUGCUCCUGGAAAACUCUAAGAAAGAAUUCGUUUGCGGCGGAACGCUAAUUAGCAAACGACACGUUCUAACGGCCGCUCACUGCAUUAGAAACAGUGCAGCAAUCACUUCCGUGCGUGUAGGCGAACUUGACCUCAGCAAGGAAAUCGAUUGCAACAUCGUGGAGAACGAGAUGGACUGCGCAGAUCCACCGCAGGAUAUUAAAGUGGUAAAAAUCACCCGCCACCCGUCGCACAGUCAAAGAGAUAAAAAGAAUGACAUUGCACUGCUUCGGUUAGAACGUCCGGUUGCAUUUUCUCACAGUGUACGCCCCAUUUGUAUUCCCAACGGUACUCCGGAGCAGCGGUCGGUCAAUCCAUCGUUUUAUAUUAUUUCCGGCUGGGGAUUAACGGAAAAUGGCACCUCCUUUGACGUUCUGCGUUACGCUCGCGUUCCUCCAGUUUCGUUGGACAAUUGUGCAACGAGUGUGAAACGAAUCAGUGUGGCUUUACGACUGGAUCAGAGUCAGAUUUGUGCCGGAGGUAUCGAUGCAAUAGACAGCUGUGCGGGUGAUUCCGGUGGGCCGCUGCAGUACGUUUCCAAUCGAACAUCGCGCUUCUACCAGCUGGGUGUGGUUUCCUACGGGGUGAGAAGUUGUGGCGAACAAAGUGCUCCAGGAGUUUAUACCAAUUUGAUGUCUUAUUUGAAUUGGAUUGUGGAGAACGUGGAUGAAUAAAAUGAAAUUUUGAAAAAGUAUAA